GAGAGUAGCUGAAGCGGGACAUAGCCAAUGUCGUCCAGCAAAGGGGCAGGGGCUGGAGCUCGCCGGCGGCGGACGCGGUGCCGGAAGUGUAAAGCGUGCCUGCGAUCAGAGUGUGGGGAGUGCCAUUUCUGUAAGGACAUGAAGAAGUUUGGGGGUCCUGGACGCAUGAAGCAGUCCUGCCUGCAGAGGCAGUGCACAGCGCCAGUUCUACCUCACACGGCUGUGUGCCUGGUCUGUGGGGAGGCUGGGAAAGAGGACACAGUAGAGGGUGAAGAGGAGAAGUUCAACCUGUCACUCAUGGAGUGUACCAUUUGCAACGAGAUUGUGCAUCCAGGCUGCUUGAAGAUGGGAAUCGCUGAAGCGGUCAUCAACAACGAAAUUCCAAACUGCUGGGAAUGCCCCAAGUGCAAGAGAGAAGGCAAAUCAAUGAAAGAUUCGGGGGAUGGCACAGGGAAGCGGCGUUCAGACAAUGGUGAGGAAGGGGUCCGGUGGAAGCUGACUGAUGAGCCUGCUCAGAACAAGAAGAAGUUGCCACCAGCACCACCUUUGCCCCCGCCACCCUCUGAGGAGAGUCUCAUCCAGAUGGGUGCUCACAAGCGCAAAAAGGAGCUCCCAGCUCCUGAGACAGGACCCAAGAAGAAGCUAAAAGGUACCCGGGAGAAACAUUUGAAAAAGGGCGCUGAGCAACCACUUGAUGGAAACAAAUUGGAUUCCAUGCAGACCUGGAGCCGCAUGGGCGGUGGUGACUUUGAGGUGAAGGGGGCCAUCUCCCACCCGUCUAUUCACCUGAGUCAGAUCACAACCAGUGACUUAGAGAAACCAAAGGGACCACCCGGGCCUUUGGAGCCCUCUGCCCAGACAGACAAGUCCCAUCAGCGGGAGAAGUUGGAGCGCUUCAAGCAGAUGUGCCAGAUGUUGGAGCGGGUGAAGAACAGCAGCAGUUCCAGUUCCAGUUCAGACUCAGAUUCUGACACAGAUUCACGGGGCUCUGACUGUUCUAGUGGAGCAGUGUCGAGCCAAGCCAACUCCCCAGCCACCCGUUCGCAGCACUUGGCUGCCCUGGGCUUCAGUGCCAGUGAGGAAGAGGAGGACGAGGAGGAGGGUGGGCGGCGCAAUGGUGGCUCAGAGACAACACGUAACGGGAAGCAGCCCAAAGCUCGGGGGAACUCUCAGGAGAAGGAGAACAAUCAUUGCCCAUCCAGCAGGGGGAACGAACGGGCCAAGCAGCAGGUGGGAGGCCGGAAAGCCAACCGGCCUGCUGGACAGACAGGGCUCCGCAUGGUAGCCCGGACUCAGUUUCUGAACUGGCCUUUGGUGCUGUCACCUCCCAAACCUCUGCUACAGUUGGAGAGGCACGUGAUCCGGCCUCCCCCAGACAGCCCUGAACCUGACUCCCUGCCCUUGGACAGCGGCUCUGAUCAUAUCAUGCAGCGGGACAUUUGGUUGGCUGUCUUCCAGUAUCUCAGCUAUCAGGAGCUAUGCGUUUGCAUGAGGGUGUGCCGGACAUGGAGCCGUUGGUGCUGUGACAAGCGGCUUUGGACAUACAUUGACUUGAGCCAUCGGAAAUCUAUCACUCCCUCCAUGCUGAGCGGAAUCAUCCGACGACAGCCAGCCAGUCUUGAUCUGAGCUGGACCAACAUCUCCAAGAAGCAGUUAAUGUGGCUCCUGAACAGGUUGCAAGGCCUUAAGGAGCUUAUCCUAACAGGCUGCUCUUGGUGCUCUGUGUCGGCCCUUGGCACAGCCAACUUCCCUUCCCUACAGCUCCUAGAUUUGUGUUGGAUUGAGGAUGUCAAGGAUUCUCACCUCCGCGAGCUGCUCUUGCCUGCUACAGAUGCCAAGCCUGGCCAGACAGACAGCCGGGGCCGGCUCCAGAAUGUCUCUGAACUACGGCUCUCCGGUCUGGACAUCACAGAUGCAUCUCUGCGCUUGGUAAUCCUGCACACCCCUCAGCUUGCCAAACUGGACCUGAGCCACUGCAACCAUGUAUGUGACCAGUCUGUUAACCUGCUGACUGCUGCUAAUUCUCCACUCCGAGAGACCCUAAUUGAACUCAACCUCACCGGAUGUAACCGGCUGACAGAUCAGUGUCUGCCCCUUUUCCGCCGCUGUCCACGCCUCUCCCGUAUCGACCUGCGUUCCUGUCACCACAUCACAAUGGAGGCCUGUGCCCGAUUUGCUGAGGACUCUGUCUCCAACAGCAGCGCCGUGCCACCAACCCCCAGAGCAUCCUCACCUCCUUUUCGUUGCCCCGAGGAGAAAUUGCUGCUGAAGGACAGCUAAUACUCGCCCUGGGGUGGAGGCGCAGAAAGACUCAGCUUCAUCAAUCCAACUGUUGGACACGGACUCUGGGAGAACCUUUUUACUUAAAGCCAUGCACUGAACCAGAGUGGCAUCUCCACCCCCUUACUUGUGCAGCAAAGAGGGUGCUGGGGGAGGGGGGGUCAUGCCCCCUUCCCCAGGUCUGGCCUGCUGAGGGCCAGGUGGCCUUUUGCCCCAUCCACUUGUUCCUGGACAGCCAUGGAGUAAGUGGGGUCCGAGGUAGCCUUGUCGCUUUACAAUGCUGGGGAAAUGCAUAUUCCUCCCACCAUGCACUGCGUUGUUCCCCUCUCUCCCCCUCCCACCUCCAAAUGUCCAUCCAAGCCACCAUUGGUACACCCCACUAUCUCGGGGCAGCAGGCGGUGGGGGAGGGUGGGAGUUGACAUUCAGCCUUGAAAUGCUGGCUCAGGAAGAAGGCAGCUUCUUUGAUGGGGUCAGAUAUAUUAUGUUUUUCCUGCCCUGUUCCUCGCUCAAUGCAAAUGUGCACUCCAACCUCACUGAUCCUCCCCCCCCACAUGCUGCCUUGAUUAUUUUUAAAGGGUGUGUGUGUGUGUGUUUGCGCACACACGUGCAUGUACUUGUCAGCCUGCCUACCCAGUUCCUUUUUCCAGCCCUCUCCCCAGUUGUGCAUCUGCAGUGUGAUUUUCCAAGGGGGCCAAGCAAGAACCAGGCAGCUGAUUUCCGGAUUCCUUUGACCUGUCUUUUCCCACUGUGUACCUGCUGGGGCUCCCUCCUGCCUCUACCGCUUUCUCUCUUUCCCACAGCACUGGAUAGUUUCUGGAGCUGGCACAUCCAUUUGAUCUGCUUCCUGCAUCAGUGCCCUUUGUACCCAUAAUUCUCUCCUCACCCAUCAAUUGGAGGCCACAAAACUUCUCUAUAGGUAUUCUUCCCUUUAGAUUUUCUUCUCCUCACUCUCCCUCCCAGCCAAUCCCAGUAUGCAGCUGAGGCCUCCUGGGGAUGCAGCCCCACCAAAUGUUCACCCCAGUGCUUCACUAGAUGCCCACACUGUGAAACACAUGUGCUGCAUUCUGUACGCACAGUGUAUCUGCUGCUGUGUACCAGCAGAGGGACAAGGGAGAAUACUUCGUCCAAAAGAAAGGAGUAAACUAGCAUGUGUGAAAGGGAGGUGCUAAACCUCCUGUCUCACUUGGCAUGCGUUGGGAUCCUUCUGGGAGGAAAGGCCUUAACAGUCCACUCUUCCCUCUCCCUCCAAGCCCCCUCAGCCCUUGGGCAACACGUCUGCUCAGCACAGUGUUUCUCAACCAUUAAGAUGUGCAGACUUCGACUCCCAGAAUUCCCCA